UCCAGCUGACUAAUCCAUGGUGGUGAAGAAACCAAGAAACUUACUUGUGUUACAACUUAACUUACGUUCUCGGUUUGCAACAUUAGAUUGUGUUGUUUAUUUUGUGGCUUUUAUAAUUUCGUGUUCUACAGGAUACUAUUAUUUUUCUUAUUUCUUUUCCUCUUUAAAAUGUUUUAAAAUAAUUCUAUAAACGUUUAUUUAGAACUACUUGACAUUGGAACCUUUGUUUACUCACUCAAUCAUACUGCGAUGAGUUUCUUGUUUGGAAGUCGGUCUUCAAAGACUUUCAAACCUAAGAAAAAUAUUCCAGAGGGAACACAUCAGUAUGAUUUGAUGAAACAUGCAGCAGCUACUCUAGGCUCGGGGAAUCUUCGAUUGGCUGUUAUGUUACCUGAAGGGGAGGAUCUGAAUGAAUGGGUAGCAGUGAAUACAGUGGAUUUCUUCAACCAGAUCAACAUGCUGUAUGGCACAAUCACAGAAUUCUGCACAGAGGAGAGUUGCCCCAUCAUGUCUGCAGGGCCUAAGUACGAGUACCACUGGGCAGACGGACACACGGUAAAAAAACCAAUCAAGUGCUCGGCCCCCAAGUACAUUGACUACUUGAUGACAUGGGUUCAGGAUCAACUAGACGAUGAAACUCUGUUCCCCUCCAAGAUUGGUGUUCCUUUUCCAAAAAACUUCCUUUCGAUAGCCAAAACAAUCUUAAAGAGGUUGUUCCGAGUAUAUGCGCACAUUUACCACCAACACUUUUCUGAAGUGGUGCAACUCGGGGAAGAAGCACAUCUCAACACCAGCUUUAAACACUUCAUCUUCUUUGUCCAGGAGUUCAGUCUGAUUGACAGAAGAGAGUUAGCACCUCUACAAGAGCUCAUAGAGAAGCUGACAGCCAAGGACUCCCGAUGAAGCCCUUCCCUCACUUCUG